AUGCUUUCAGGAAGUGACACUGGGAUUGGCCACGCGCUGGCUAAAUACCUGGAUAGCUUAGGUUUUGUUGUGUUUGCUGGGGUUUUGAACAAGGAUGGAUCUGGAGCUGAGGAACUGAGACGGACCUGUUCUCAGAGGCUCUCUCUGCUGCAGAUGGAUAUAACCAAUGCCACCCAAGUCAAGGAAGCCUAUCUAAAAGUCUCAGAGAAGGUGCAAAAUACAGGACUCUGGGGAGUGGUGAACAACGCAGGCAUCCUGGGCUUCCCCGCUGAUGGUGAGCUGCUCCCCAUGAGCACGUACAGGCAGUGCAUGGAGGUGAAUUUCUUUGGGGCUGUAGAGGUGUCCAACACCUUCUUACCAUUACUUCGGAAAUCCCAGGGGAGGCUGGUUAACAUGUCCAGCAUGGCAGGAGGCAUUCCACUACCAAGGUAUGCUGCGUACGGUGCAUCAAAAGCAGCUCUGUCCAUGUUUUCUGGAGUAAUGAGGCAAGAGCUUUCCAAAUGGGGAAUUAAAGUUGCUGCAAUUCAUCCGUCAGGCUUCCGAACAGGUAUACAAGGCACAUCUGACCUGUGGGAAAAGCAAGAGAAGGAGCUGAUUGAGAACCUCCCAGCAGACACAAGGCAAGACUAUGGUGAGGACUAUCUCCUGGGGCUGAAGAGCUACCUCCUGCGCAUGCCUGCCCACUGCGACGCCGACCUCUCCCCCGUGCUGAGUGCUAUCCUCCAUGCUUUGCUGGCCAAGAGACCACACGGCUUGUACACCCCUGGCAAAGGGGCUUAUGUGCCCCUCUGCAUCUUCUGCUACUUUCCUCUCUGGUUCUAUGACUUUUUCAUUAGUAAGAUGCUGAGUAUUGAGUCUGCCCCAAGGGCACUGAGAGCAUCAGAAGCUGAAAGGAAGAAUCUCUAA